CAGAUUCCACCAGAGGCAAGUAAAAUGAACACAACUCAUUUUAAAAAUGAACCCACUAUACAUAAUUUUUGACACAUUUCUUUGACAGUAAAGUUUUUGUAUUAUUACUCUUAAGAUGAGAUCUGAAGGAAAGUUUGGAGCAAGCUUCUUCCAAAAGGUAAAGCCUGUGGAAAUCAGUGGGAAGUUUGAAUAUGUAAGACAGGUGACGAAAUUCUUUAGACUGGAGCCAGGACACUAUCUCAUCGUACCAUACACUCAUACCCCCAAUCAGAAUGCUGAAUUCUUCAUGUCCAUUCUCUGCAAAAAUGAGAUCCACAUUGAAAAAGACACAGAAAGAACUGAGAAAGACUUUCUUGUGGAUUUUACAAAGGUUCAUUACACUGAUCAGGUGGAUGAAGAAUCCAAAAAUAAAAAACAAAAUGUUGCACUGUUUCGACAAUAUUCUGAUCAGUACAAAGAUGUCGAUGCUUGGCAACUUCAACAACACCUACAUCAAAACCUAGGAGACACAAAAGUUUCUGAAGGAUUUGGUCUGGAUACUUGUAGAAGUUUGAUUGCCAUGUCAGAUUCUUCUAUCGCUGGAAAACUUGAUGGAUCAGAAUUCAUGCAUCUGUGGAAUCGAAUUCUCAAAUACAAGGAAAUCUUCUACAGCAUGGAUUCCACAAAAGAUUGUGCUCUCUCUCUGAAUGAGCUGAGAAAUGCAUUAGAGAAAACAGGCAUGCAUUUAAAUGAAGACAUCCUGACUCUCAUGACUGUGCGAUACGGUGGUGCAUCAGAACAGAUCUCUCUGGAGGGCUUCAUAUGCCUCGUCAUGCGUUUGAACUGUAUGGCUAGCAUAUUCCAGAGACUCUGUGAUGGAGGAAAGGUGACUCUUGACGAGAGUGAGUGGAUAAGACUUACCAUGUAUUCGUGAGGUCUGCUUGCCAAGAGAUUUACCAACAAAUGCUAGAAGCGACUUGCCAAUAAAACACUAACAUCAGAAUUAAAAAGUCAGAGUAAAAAACAACUCAUUAAAGAACAACUUUCUUUCAUGGCUGUACUGCAGUCAGUAAGUGCUAAAACUUUUAUUUUUUUAUUUAGCUACAGUAUACUGUGCAAAAGUCUUGUUGGCCUUGUGGAGCACGGCUAUUGUCACACACGUAGUGCAUACCAAAAUCUCACUGGAUUAUUAAAAGUAAUGGCAACUGUUUAAAAAUGUAAACUGAUAUUUACUACUGACACACUUAAGCAAAAGAUGUAAAUAUCUGGCUUAAAACCAUUUUAUUGGGCGAAAAUACUAACAUGCCUAAGACUUUUGCACAGUACUGUAUAUCUGGUAAAAACUGUGAUAGUAGGGGCUAUUCUAGGUUUUCAAUAUUAGGGUGCUCAGCCUCCAAUGAGGAUAGAUAUACUGUAUAUAUAUAUAUAUAUAUAUAUAUAUAUAGCCACACUCUAAGCACCACAUACUGUAUACAUUACUAAAAUAAAUAAUUAAGAAAGAAUAUGCAGAAAAGCAUAAAGACAAGUUAUUGUUAUUCAAAUGAAUAUCACAUUAAUUGGUCAAUCUGCAACAUUUAUAAUUCAAAGUGACAACAACAGCCACAAAUCCAUAUAAUAAAUGUCACAAUCAACUGCAGGUUCAUUAUUAAAGAUUACUAAAGAAUCAUUAUUUAGUAGGAAUAACUUGAUAUGUUUCCCUGCCAUUCAUUCUGAUUAGCAUGAGCGCUGUCACUCCUGUGCAUGACUGCGUGUUCAUCUAUUACAUCCACAAUAUGUUUUCAAUUAAUAAUACAAAUACAGAAGUGUCUGAAAAACGACAAAGAGCUUAUAGGUACAUUUUUGUUUCCUCGGAACUCAGAAUAAUGAACAACACAGCCGUACCAGGCUGAACUACAGUAAGGCCCGAUUCACAUUUCGCAUCUAAAACCGUGCGGAAAACACGAGCUGCACUGCGUUCUCCUUUUUUCCAUAGUGCCUGGACUUUGCUCUCCUGUCGUCGCUAAGCAACCAUUGGCCACGAUAGCCGUUGAGAUGAGGAGGUAUAAACAAAGGAUAUACAGUAUGGAUUAUAUGCACUGAAAAUAACUUGCAAUAACUACUACUGCUACUAGAUUUAGGUAUGCUGUGAUCAUCUGUAUCUCCAUCUUCAUUGAGCUUGUCUAUAUUAGCUGGUUGGUUCUUGUCACAUGACCUGCAGUGCGCUUGCGGCUUUCUAAAAAAUUGAGAUUUUUUCAUCUCGAUGCGGCACCGAAGCGCCUGAAAAAAAGAGCGCGUCGCCCCCUAUAUUUCCGUCUACAUUUAAAAUAACGAAUAUGCGCGCGGAAAAGACGCGAAAUGUGAAUCGGGCCUAACUCUAUCUGCCCGUUGUCUUUCCGGGGCUGUCAAAACUAGCCUCAACUCUCUAUAACUUAGGUGCAGAAAAAUAAAACAGCACAUCAUCAGCAGGGCAGUGUUGGCUUGCGCACCGGGAGACUGCAUUUAUUUAUUUAUUAGAUAUUAUUUAUUAGAAUGAUCUUGCUUGGUCUAUAAACACCAUGCACUGUGCUGUACCUUUCUGUGUUUUCUUAUUUGGAACAAUGCACAUUGUGAAAAGCGCAAUUUUCAUUGUUACAAAGCAGCUGUACAUGAGACAUACUGACCAUAAGCAAAACAAUUAAAGUUAUACCUGUAAAAACAAGAAAAAGGUGAAAACACAGAAGACAGACAUACCCACAUACGAAACACUCCACACACACAAUAUGCACACGUACUAACACACAUAGACAUAGACACACACACGGACGUGCAUGCACGCACGCACAGACAUGCACGCACGCACGCACAGUGAAAGCACACAUUUAAGAUAAAGGAGGGAGAAACACAGGUCAAAUAUUAAACAGACUAUAAAUUCCUAUAUGCAAUAUUAAUUAAGUAAAACUUUAAAAUUCUAAAGCAGCACCCCCGGUCAGGCAAAUCAGUAUGCAAACGGUGGCGAGGAACCCAAAACUCCAAUUGAGAUAAAAAACCUCAGGAGAACCCAGGCCCAACCAGGGGAUUCCAGUUCCCCUCUGGCAAAAGUUGCUGCCUCUGCACAAGCUGGACAGUGCUUGCACAACAAGGCUUAAUAAAAAUAAGUAAACUUACUAAUAAGGUAAAUUAUAGAUUUAAGAUUAUCAUUAAUAAUCUAAUAGCAUUUUAAAUUUUGUAGUGAACACAUGUCAAGUCACCGCGUCCUUCUUUAUCCAGCUCUAUCAUCUCAGCUCUUGUCAGGUCGCCGCUUUCCAUUCUCUGCUCUACCAUCAGGUCUGGGCAUGAACUGCAUCCUGCUCGCUGUGGUAACCUUGGAACAAUGAGACAAGACAGUUGCAACAAGUUGUGUUCCUCAACAACAUCAGUUGUGUUCCUGAUUCCGGUUGAUCUAACUAAUGCAGCCUAAACCCUCAGAGGAUUUAUAUUAUGGAAGUGUAGUGUAUGCAAGAUUAAAAAGAUGCAUCUUUAGUCUAGAUUUAAACUGACAGAGUGUGUCUGCCUCCCGGACAGUGCAGGGAAGACUAUUCCAAAGUGUAGGUGCUAGAUAGGAAAAGGAUCUACCACCUGCACUUGAUUUUGAAAUUCUAGGUAUUACCAACUGACAGGAUGCCUGAGAGCAUAAUGCACGUGAAGGACUGUAAUACAAGAGGAGUUCACUCAAGUACUGAGGAGCUAAACCAUGUAGGGCUUAGGUAAUAAGCAAGAUUUUAAAGUUAACGCGAUGCUUUAUAGGUAACCAGUGCAAGGUUGACAGAUCCGGGCUAAUAUGUUCAUACUUUUUUGUACGUGUAAGAACUCGAGCUGCCACGUUUUUGACCAGUUGGAGUUUUUGUAAUAAGCCUGCAGGGCAACCACCUAACAGUGCAUUACAGUAAUCUAGUCUUGGUGUCAUGAAUGCAUGAAUUAACUUCUCUGCAUCUGACAUUGACAGCAUUUGACAUAGUUUAGAUAUAUUCUUAAGAUUGAAAAACACAAUUUUACAGGUGUUGGUGACGUGGCUCUCAAAUGACAGAUUACUAUCAAAUAGAACGCCAAGAUUCUUAGCUGAAGACGAGGGUUUUAUGGAACAUCAGUCAAUAGCAAAGCAGUUUUCUUGGUUGUUACGUAUGGCGGUUUUCGUUCCAAUAAGUAACACUUCUGUUUUGUCCGAGUUCAGUAAUAAAAAGUUGUUACUCAUCCAGUUUUUUUAUAUCGCCUAUGCAUUCCAUUAUUCGAUGGAACUGCUGUGUUUCAUGAGGCUUCGAGGAAAUAUAAAGUUGAGUAUCAUCAGCAUAACAGUGAAAGCUAACUCCGAAAAAAGCUAAGUAAAGAAAGCUAAAUAUAAAUAAAUUGAAUUGAACAUCAUCAUGACUGACACAUUUCUGUGUGCUACAAUAUCAUCAUGAUCGUUUUCUAAAGUAUGCCGCCAUUGGUGUGAAGUGCUUUCAUUUAGUUGGAGGUAACGUAAACAACUAACAUUAGUUAACGAGGGGUGAAUGCAGACAAAACUUUUUUACAGUGGAUGGAUGGGAAAGGGUCUUGUAUCGCUCCUGCAUCAUAUUAAGCUGUAUUUAUAACAAAGAAUGGCAAAUACACCUUGUAACGUUACUCUGCUUAUGACGUUCACUCCAAUGUGCUGCUGUGAACUGAAGAAUGCGCUAAAUAACACAGCCUAACGCCGUUUUCAUAAUAAGAGCUUUAAAGGGGACUAUAAAGCGAUCCCGAAUUCUUGUACAGAUUACAUUAUUGCUCACAAUAUUUUAGGGGGGCUAAGCUAGAACUUUAGGGGGGCUUUAGCUCUCCUAAAAAGGGCCUAGCAACGCCACUGUGUGAUAGACAUACGUUUCUUCUUUAUUCUUUAGUCAGUUUAGUCAAGUAUUAAAGUUAGUUAGUUAGUUAGUUAGUUAGUUAGUUAGUUAGUUAGUUAGUUAAAAGAAUUUAAUCACAUUAAUGCAGUAUUUUGACAAAUGCCUGAGCUGUUUUUCACAAUAUAACUGAAUGUAUGGCCGUUUAAACCUUCAUGCUCUAGAAAAGACAAAAAAGGUACAAUGAUAUAAAUGUAUGACUUGAGUGGUGUAUUUAAGCGCUCUGAAGCAACAAGACCACUCAUUUGAUAAACAAACCAGAAUAUGAGUUAUUUACUCAAAAACAAAUAACUGAUAAAAAAAACUGUAUUUGAUUUGAUACAAAUCAAGUAGUUAAAUAGCAUGAGGGUGAGCAAACAUGACAGAAUUUGAGUGAAUUGUUCAUAAUCUGUUGUAAAUGUUGAUGAUUUAUUCGAACAGUGACCCCUGUUGUUGGGUUGCUUGGGGUUGAUUUUCUUCUGUUUAUAUUCCUCUUCCUAUCUCUGAGAGUUAUUUUGUGGAUUUGUACCCAAGUGUUUGCAUUUUAUUUUUAGAUCAUGGUAAUGUGGGAAUGUCUAUCCUGGUGAGAUGAGUCCACUGUUAAUUGUUACGAUACAUGAUAUCUACUAAAUAAAUCCAUACCAUAAUCGUC